AUCCAACUUGACACACCCAUGGGCUAGUUUGCGCACUCCAGGCACACCGACACACCCCAAGGCACACCUACAGGUAUCUUUGUGCACUGCCAGGGACACUGACACACUCCCAGGGAUACCUACAGAAGAAAAAGAUGGGGAUUCAGAGCCGACAUGAGACAGCAACCGGAGGUGGUCCGGCUCUCAAUUUCAAGUGGCUGCCCUGGGAGGAAGUUAUAAAAAGGCACAUGAACCCUGUCAUGGUCCAAGGAGUUCAAGGAGGUGUGGACUCCACCCGUCCUGCUGGCUUUCAAGAGGAGGAAGAACCACCCAGAAGACGGAAGACAGCAGGAGCCCAGCAGUCCAAAACGAGGCGUGAUGCUAAGAAUACAUUUAAAUGAGUUGUACUAAACUAUUAUUUAUUUUCUUUGCUAAUGUGUUUGUUCUUUCCCCUAGACACGCCUGCCCAGAGGACAUCGGCUGCGCGCAGGACAUCACCAGCGCGCAGAACAUCACCUGCGCGCCGGACAUCACCAGUGCGCAGAACAUCACCAGCGCGCCGGACUUCACCUGCGCGCAGACCAUCACCAGCGCGCAGACCAUCACCAGCGCGCAGACCAUCACCUGCGUGCCGGACAUCAUCAGCGCCCAGACCAGCACCUGUGUGCCAAAAUUCAAAAGUACGCAGUACAUCACCUGCACGCAGGGCAUCCCCAGCUCAUGAUCAAUCCUCCAGGAGCUCAGAGACUGUGACCCAAGAGCCUCAAGCAGAAAUCACCCUUGUGGACCCAUCACCUGACCUGUUUGAGUCGACAGGGUUAACCGAUGAGACAUUUCUAGGGUUUGAUGAUGACAGGCGUGCUGAUGCAUACAUCCAUACUCAAGAAAAGUCUCCAGAUUUGAGGCCCAGAGAAGCUCCAGGAGCAGCGGCACCACAGGAUGCAGAAGAGGUGCCACAGACCAUCAGCGGAUUCGCAUCAUGGAUUGGUCCCUACUUCAGGCCGGAUCUGUUACAGGAAGAGUCGGACGACGAGGUGGUUGUGCAGCAGCCCGCAGUUUCUACAUCCCUGUCUGCACAAAUGCAAUUGGUAGCAGACGUUCAGCAAGGGCAGGAUCCCUCAAGGAUUCAGAGGGUAAACAACCUGGCAACAGAGAUGCAGGACCACCAGGAGAGUUUUCGGGAUGUCAUAAACACCAGACUGGCCAUUAAGAAGUCAAUGGAGAAGAUGGCCACCAGUAUGGUUGAAAUGCAAAAGGCCAUGGCCGAGAGCACAGCUGAAAUCAGAAAGACCAGGCAAGAAGAUUACAGGGAGACUGUGGACAUCCUUCGCGUUCUGGUCACAUCCAUCAACCGGCUGGUGGAGAACAAUGCAUGCCAGUCGCACAGCAUUCACAACAUGUCGGAAAGUCACCGACAUUCCGCAGCCAGCGCACAGAUCAUCGCAACGACACUCCAGAUGAUCUACGACAAACUCCCAGAGCCAGCUCAACAACAUGCUGGUCAACCACCUCAUCUGCCACCACAAGCCACACUGAAGCCUCCUGCCCUUGCUCCACCACAAACCUGGUAUGGACAGUCACAGCAGUACCAAGGGUAUACAAGGAUGUACCCCAUCUACCAGAUACCUCCACCACCAACACCGGCCUCAACAUCUACACCAGCGCGGCCACCAAGGCCACUACAAUGUACUCAACAGUCGCCAAGGACACCGUCGCCACAACAGGAGGAGGACGAUCAGGACAGCCCCCACACACAAUAGCGCGGUCAUAUUUUUUCAUUAUUUCAAAUGUUAAUUUUCCUGCUUCCCCUUUCCUCCCUCCCAUUAGUUUGUUUUUUUCUUUGUAUUGUUUUAAUUUAAUAUGUAUUCUCCCAGCCCCACCCCCUACCGGGUACUACCAAGGAGCUUUGUCUAUGCAUACACGCGCGGGCAUGUAUGAGUGUGGUAACUCAUGAAACCUCCUUGUGGUUACAUAUAUGAUGGGCCAAAGAGCAAUAUCUGAUACCACAUUUUUUUUAAACACACCUUAGGUUUAAAAGUUGUGUAAAUUAAGCAUUCACUUUUGUGUUGCGUGAGCAUUCACUAUUAUUUUUUUAAAUUCUUCAUAGGGAUGGCUGACAAAGAGGCAUGGACAGCAUUGUUCGUGUUGUGCUUAAAAAGAGAUCUCCACAAGAACAAGGAAUUUAUGAAGAAGAACAAACACUUCUUUUUUUAUUUUAUUACAAUUUAUUUUUUAUGAACAAUACAAAAUACAACUGUUUAAUUUUCUUCAAUAAAAUGUUACAUUAAA